CGCAUUCUGAGGCGGGAUGUACCAAGCGAGCGAUGGAAAACCAGCACCUCUGUCGGGCUCGUUGAUUUGCUCUCUGCUGUCACGUCCGCCCUCCCCGGCCAAUGAGCCUCUCUCCCUCCUCUCCUUGACCGACGACUGCUUCGCAUCCGUCCUCGAGAACGUCUCCGCGCCGGAGCUCCUCGUGCUCGGCGCAGUCUGCAGGCACAGCAUCGGCACCCUAGCCGCCGCCACUGCCGCCGACGAUGAUCUUACCACUGCUGCAAGGCACCUCCGCGCGGCUCUCGACGACGGCGCGCACUGGGAAGGCGCCUUCCGGCGCCGCUUUGAACCCGUGGCCCGCCUCCUCUUCCGCGGGGAGAUGCCGCUGCCGCCCGUGCGCCAGCUGCCCGCCCGCGGAAGAGGGGGCGCCUGCUGGAGGCUGCACUACCGCAGCUUCCGGCGGUCGUGGAUGGAGCCGGGCGGGCACGGGCGGCUGCUGCUCUGCAUUCACGGGCGAGUGUACGACGCGACAGAGUACAUGCUAGAGCACCCUGGCGUUCGCCUGCUGAGAGCACGCCGACCGGUGUGAACGGGUCUCUUCACAUCUCGACGCUGUGGAACAGGCGACCCAAAUGUGCUCCGCGCCUCCGCCGGCCGCGACGCAACGCAGGCCUUCGAGCUCGUGGGUCUCUCUUCUGGAACUUUCUAGGAACCUUCUAGGAAGCGUCUGGAGCCUUCUAGGCCUUCGAGCUCGUGGGUCUCUCUUCCGGAACUGUCUAGGAACCUUCUAGGAACCGUCUGGAGCCUUCUAGGCCUUCGAGCUCGUGGGUCUCUCUUCCGGAACUGUCUAGGAACCUUCUAGGAAGCGUCUGGAGCCUUCUAGGCCUUCGAGC